UGCAAGAAGAAGAAGAAGAGGUGCCUCCUCUCUUCCACGGGCGUCGCUUUUGUGGUCGUCGAGUCAGGUUUAUUGAAGGGGGCGGGGUUGGGAAUCGGAUUGGAGAGGGGAGAUGGGGAGGGGGAGGGUGCAGCUGAAGCGGAUCGAGAACAAGAUCAAUCGGCAGGUCACGUUCUCCAAGCGCAGAUCGGGGCUGCUCAAGAAGGCCCACGAGAUCUCGGUGCUCUGCGACGCCGAGGUCGCCGUCAUGGUGUUCUCCACCAAGGGCAAGCUCUACGAGUACUCCACCGACUCUAGUAUGGAAAAGAUUCUUGAUCGUUACCAGCGCUACUCGUAUGCUGAAAGAGCCCUUGUAGAUGCAGACACUGAAUCCCAGGAAAACUGGUGCCAUGAAUACGAGGUAUUGAAGGCAAGGAUCGAGGCACUACAAAAAUGUCAAAGGCACCUCGUAGGCGAACAACUUGACAAAUUGACACUUAAAGAAAUCCAACAGCUGGAGCAACAACUUGAGGCAGCUUUGAGAAAAAUAAGAUCAAAAAAGAACAAUGUGCUGUUUGAUUCCAUUGCUGAGCUUCAAAGAAAGGAGAGGGCGCUGCAAGCACAAAACAGUGACAUGGCAAAGAAGCUUACGGAGAUGGACAAGGCUGAGGCUCUGAGCCAACACCAACAGACGGAACAAGCAGCUCAAGCCCAGGCCAGCUCCUCUAUACCACACUUGCUCUCGAUAGAAUCUACCAUAAACAUCAGCCUUUGAGCAGCAACUUGGAGGGAGGAACCCUUAUAGAGUUCCAAGGAGGCCGAUCCCCUAAAGAGAUCAACCCUAAGUUUAGAAUCUGCAAGGGUUCUAUCACCUGGUAUCAGAGCAACGUUCUUGGCAUCUCGCUGCCCUUCCACUGCUAUCCAUCAACCCUCCACAACCGCCCAAAGCAAUUCCCACAAUUGCUUAAAAGAUCGUCGCCAAAUUCCACCGUCAUCUCUACCACCGCAUAUCAUCCUUUGAUCUCCUUGUGAAUUGCAACAUGUUCUGGUUUCCUACCUUACUGCUGCUGCAAUUUAGUUAUCCAUAUUCGAAAAUCCAAAAAAAAAAAAAAUUGUUCCUAUAUUGCUGCAAAUUUCAUCGUAAGUUGCUGAAAUUUUUCGACGAGAAUUCUGCUAUCGCAACUUACACCAAUUUUCUUGCUGUUACUGUCGAAAUUUUCUUGAUUAAAUUGGACAUCCUUGCUGUCAUAUAAACUGAGAUAUUGCUGUCAA